UCUUUGACGGGUGGGAGGAGACUGAGCAGCUAUGAUCGGUAACCGAAACAGUGGGCGGCUGCAGUGGACCCACGCCAAUAUCAAACCUCUGACGGUCACGAGGGCCUCUCACGAGCCCUACGCCCGGCCAGAGGAGCAAGUGCUCAUCAACCGCCGAGACAUCAUGAGCACCAAGGAUGCCUGGGACAUCCAGGAGUUCAUCACUCGUAUGUAUGUCAAGCAGCUGCUUCUACACCCGGCCUUCCAGCUGCUGCUGGCCUUGCUGCUGGUGGUCAACGCCAUCACCAUUGGUCUGCGCACCAACUCCUUCCUUGGCCAGCAACACUAUGAGUUGUUCUCUACCAUAGAUGACAUUGUGCUGACCAUCCUUAUCUGUGAGCUUCUCCUCGGCUGGUUAAAUGGCUUCUGGAUUUUCUGGAAGGACGGCUGGAACAUCCUCAACUUCCUUAUCAUCUUUAUCUUGCUCCUGGGGUUCUUCAUUAAUGAGCUCAAUGUCAACGCCAUCACCUAUACCCUCAGGGCGCUUCGUCUGGUGCACGUCUGCAUGGCGGUGGAGCCUCUGGCCCGGAUCAUCCGCGUCAUCCUGCAGUCAGUGCCCGACAUGGCCAACAUCAUGACCCUCAUCCUUUUCUUCAUGCUGGUGUUUUCCGUGUUUGGGGUUACUCUCUUUGGUGCGUUUGUGCCCAUGCAUUUCCAGAACAUGCAGGUCGCCCUGUAUACCCUCUUCAUCUGCAUCACCCAAGAUGGCUGGGUGGACAUCUACAAUGACUUUCAGAUGGAGACAAGAGAGUAUGCGAUGGAGAUUGGGGGUGCCAUCUACUUCACCACCUUCAUCACCAUCGGUGCCUUCAUUGGCAUCAACCUGUUGGUCGUCGUGGUGACCACCAAUCUGGAGCAAAUGAUGAAGGCAGGAGAGCAGGGGCAACUGCAUCAGAUAAACUUCAGUGAGAGAGGCAAGCAGGAGGUGGAUGGAAGUAACGAGCUGCCGCUGGUGCACUGUGUGGUCGCCCGUUUGGAGAUGUCUGGCGUCCCGCAGGAGCCCCUGUCGGGCGGCCACCUGUCUAACCUCUCAGAAAACACCUGUGACAACUUUUGUUUGGUGCUCGAGGCAAUACAGGAAAACUUGAUGCAGUACAAGGAGAUCCGAGAUGAGCUCAACACGAUAGUGGAGGAGGUACGCUCCAUCCGCUUCAACCAGGAGCAGGAGGAGGAGCUGAUGCACAAGCCCUUGUCACUGACCCUGUCGGUGGUGAGCGGGUCCUCCCUGGACAUCCGCGACAUGACUUGCCAGCAAGACCUGAUCACUGCGCUCAUCAACAGGGAAAAGGUUCAGGAAUCCAACACAAACAUACUCCUUAACAAACACAGGAGCAGUCGCUGAGAGGCAGCCUGGGAGCCCAGGGGCCUGAGCUGCAUCUUCCUGCAUCUCUAUGUGACUUGGCACAGUCUGGCCUGAGCCUGUCUUCUCCCUUAUACCUAGGCAGAUGCCUGGGGCUGUGAAGGGGAUGGCAUCUCCAGGGCUUGUGUCUGUGAGCCCCAGGUCCGGAGGAAUUCAGAUGGACAAGGAUGCUGGAUGAGAGAGGGAGCCCCACAGCAAAGAAUGAGCACAGAAAGGGGGUGCUGGCCAAGGCAGCCAGGAUCUGUCCUAAGGAUGGACAACCCUGGCCCCCUGCUUUCGGUCAGAGCUAGCUGGGGCCCAAGCUGGCCUAAGCACCAAGAGGAGAAAGGUGAGGCCAGUGGGGCCAGGCAUCUAUGUAUUGACAAUAAAGUUUUGUGUUGGGAUCAAUAUGUCUAACUGGUGGAUC